AUUCUGAUUUUCACUUUAAUUGCAUUUAUAUUUUGAAUCUUAUGCAACAAGCAAAAAAUGAAUUGAAACUUUUAUUUUCUUUUAUUAACUUGGUUUUCCACAAUUUAAUAACUACUUUUAUAAUUUAAAUAUAACUAGAUCCGUGGAAUAAGUUUCUUUCUACAUAUGUACAAUCUGUUGUAUUACAAAUUUGUCUAACCUUAUUACAGAAUGUUGACAAGCAUUUGUAUUCAUUUGUAAAAUGUCAAAACGUUGGAGCAAUGAUUAUGUGGUUACGGAGCACCGUGACUUACAGGCUAAUACUAUGGCCAUAGAUGCAACCGGGAAUUAUGUUUUACUAGCUGGUCGUAGAUAUUUUGCCAUAAAACAAUUGGAUGAAUGCAAGGAAACUUUACGAAAAUUUCAACGACAAAGUAAAUAUGAAGUAGGUUCUGCAGAAUGGAAUCCCACACCAUUAAAUUGUCACUUAUGUGCAAUAUCAAGUAAUACUCGUAUAGAAAUAUUAAGCCUUACAGUAAGUAGUGGAUAUGAGCUACAAACUAUCUAUAGUCUUAAAGCACAUACCCGUGUAGUUAAUGAUAUAAAUUGGCAUCCGAAAGAACCUGACAUUAUAGCUUCUUGUAGUAUUGAUACUUUUAUUCAUAUUUGGGACAUAAGAGAUCAACGAAGACCUUGUUUAUCUUUAUCAGCAGUUGCGGGAUCUUCACAAGUACGUUGGAAUGGUUUAUCGCCACAUACGUUGGCUACUACUCAUGAUGGAGAUAUUAAAAUAUGGGAUCAACGUAAAGGAAAUAGUCCUGUUCAAUAUAUAGCAGCUCAUUUAACAAAGAUACAUGGUUUAGAUUGGUGUCCAUUUAGUCAAACUCAAUUAGCAACAUCUAGUCAAGAUUGUACAGUUAAAAUUUUUGAUAUUGGGAAUCCAAAAAAAGCAGAAAAUAUCUUAACAACAAAUUCUCCUGUAUGGAGAGCACGAUAUACACCUUUUGGAGAAGGAUUAGUAACCAUAGUAGUACCACAGUUAAGACGAGGAGAGAAUAGUCUUUUAUUAUGGAAUACAUCAAAUCUUAGCGCACCUAUAUAUACUUUCGUAGGACAUACCGAUGUUGUCUUAGAGUUCCAAUGGCGACAUAAAAAAUUAGAGAACACUGACUAUGAAUUAAUUACGUGGUCAAAGGAUCAAUGCUUAAGGAUAUUUAAAAUUGAUCCUUUUUUAAAAAAGUUAUGUGGACAUGACAGUGACGAUAACGCCUCCGUUUUUUCCCAAUAUGGAAAAGAUAAUGCAUUAAGUUCUUUGCAAUCCGUACAACAACUUCAAAUAAAUGAUGCGCAGAAUAAUCAGGAAACAAAUUAUAUAGAAACAAAAAUUGAUGAUUCUACAUCGAGUACGGAAUUAAGUACAUUUUCUGAAAAUACAAAAGAUAUAUCAUCACCUACACAACCCAAGACAUUACAACAAGAAUUUUCCUUAAUAAACAUGAAUAUACCAAAUAUAGAGGUAAAUGCAAUGGAUGCAAAUGAACGAAGCUGUACUGUUACAGCAUGUAAUACUAAUUAUAACGUAGUACUUAAAGUAAAUUUCCCUAGAAACUAUCCAUACAAUGCACAACCUACAUUCCAAUUUUGUCCUGGAACAAGCAUUGAUAAUGCAACAAUGGCAAAAUUAUUAAAAGUUUUGAAACAGACUGCUCAACAACGCGUCAGAAAAAACCGUUCCUGUUUGGAACCAUGUCUUAGACAAUUGAUUAUAACGUUAGAACAAAUAUGUAAAAAAGAUGAAAAUGAAACCAAUCAUCUAGAUUAUUAUAUACAGGAUAAUGCAAACUUUUUAAAUUCCUCUAAUAUGUGUACUACUUAUCAAGAUGCAUAUAUACCAUUUCCUCGAACAUCCGGUGCCAAAUUUUGUUGUGUAGGUAUACUUGUAUGUUUUGGUCGUUCUUCAUAUCAAAGAAGAUCUUCAAUAAAACCAGAAAGUAUAACACCUAGAGCACUAUCUGCUUUAGGAAGUGGAAUUAAUAAUGGAGAACAUUUUAUGAAUAUGUAUCCAAAUACUUAUGUGCCAUCUAAUGAUGGUAUAUCAAUCAGUUCUUUCUAUUUUCAAGAUCGUAAAAACAUAAGACGUAAUUUACAUGGUACAAAUAGAAUACACGACAGGCCAUGUUGUAAAAAUUAUCGUUCAUUGGUUACAAUUUACGAAGCUUCGUCUCUAUUUUUUGUUAGUAAAGAACUUGCAGAAAAAUAUAUUAUUAACAUUACAGAUAUUCCAGCUAUGUGUCAGUAUAAUGCAAAUGUUGCUGCUACAUUGGAAAGAGCUGAUUUGGUACAAGCUUGGUGUUUAGCUGCACUUGUUAUAUCACAAUCUUCUUCCAAUAAAGGACAAAACUUAUUUCAAACAUCAGAUAAUGAUCUUGCUCCAUGGGCUUUACAUCCGUUCGGACAAAAUUUAAUUCAUUCUUUAAUUCAACAUUAUGCUAAUCAAUCUGACAUACAAAUGGCUGGUAUGUUGAGCUGUGCAUUUAGUUAUCGAUCUGAAAAUGUAGAUGCUACGCAAACACGAAUAGUUAGCAAAUCUGUUAAUGUUAGUCCUGGUGGUUCCCCAUAUCAUACAAUUCAUCUAGCAGAUACAACAUUAGAAGGAUGUAAUUUUCCAAAUUUAAAACCACAUAGGUCCAAUUCAUGGUCUGAAUCUCUAGAUGAUUUAAAAAUUAUACAAGAUACAUUUGGAGAUUCUGUUAAAAAUAUUAAAGUACUUGAUGAAAAAUAUACAGCACUUUAUAAUGGAUACAAAAAAGCAUAUGCGGAGGUACUACAUAGAUGGCAAUUGUUAGAUGCAAGAGCACAAGUGCUGAAGCAUGUAAGCAUAAUGCCAAUUGAUAUACAUAAAGGUGUUGAAUUCCAAAGUGAAUGUCAAAUCUGUGGUAAAGUUUGUAGAGGUCCUCAAUGCUUAAACUGUAAACGAUUAACAUUUGAAUGUGUAGUCUGUCAUAUUUCAGUUAGAGGACCAAGCAACUUCUGCAUUCUUUGCGGUCAUGGUGGACAUACUCAACACUUAGCAGCCUGGUUUGUUAAUGAAACAGUUUGCCCAGCAGGCUGUGGGUGUUGUUGUUUGCAAGAAAGUUCUAUACUAUUAAAAAUGUAAAUAAUACAAAGAAGCAAAAUUGUAUAUACCAAUGACAAAUAAUACGUGUUAUGAUAAAAUAAUAUUUUUUAAGAAAAAAGAGAGAUUUAUUAAUUACCUGUUACAAAGAGUUGUGCAAAUCUAUUAAUAUAAACAUAAUCUAUUUGUAACCUUA